AUGUGGGCACGUUGGUCUUUUGUGGCUUUCCGCUUUUCCGACAGAUUUAUCGCAUUAGCUCCACGUGGUCUGCAGAACUCGAGACGUUUUCUUCAUGCGCAGGAGAUCCAACCGGGUGAGAUUUCCUUUGUGGAGACCGUAUCCAAUUUGAACAUUUCAUUAGAUGAACACUCACAACAAUCGUCGGGGUUUGAGGGAAGUAGUGCAUUACCGCAAAACUUUUUAGAGGCACGUCAUGUGGAUGCAUUUUCACGAGCACGAGUAGUGAAUUUCAUUAAACGUUUCUCACAAGGAGCAGUUACAAGUAGUAAUGAUGUAUUUCAAACACAGGAAGUAGAGGGAGAUGCUGGGGCUUCACUCUAUCAUUCUCGCGUACGAUUACCAUUUCAAACUCCAACAGGUGAGGUAUGGGCACAUGGUCUUGCUUGUAAUAGUAAAGAUGCGGAAUUACUUGCGGCCAUGCAUGCAGAGUACAUUAUUGAUGAAUUUGGUUAUCACAUUUACACACUUCCCUCUAUGCAACGUAAACACGCAGAGGCAGCACGUAAAGCUGGUAGAUGGGCACCAAUGCCAGAUGAUGUAGAUAGAGGUAAAUCAGAUAUUAAAAUUCCUCUUCCCUUACGUCGUGUUGUGGAUCGUGAUGAAACGGAAGGUGGAAAAUGGUUAUUGAUUGAUGUACGUCCAAAUCAUUAUAUUUCACCUUUUCAUACAUUACUUUCUCCUUGUCUUUAUGAUACCACAGCUGUUCAUCGUAUUAAAUCUCUCUUUGAAGAGCAUAAUUUUUCCUUUACACAUCUCUGUACCUCACAAAUGGAAGAACCACUUGAGAAAGGUGGUUUAACCUAUUGUGUCGCUACUGUUGUUUUACCUGCAGAACUCACAACAUUUACUGAGAUUAAAGCACAAGGAAAAGGAUUAACUCGUGAAGUAGCAAUAACACUUGCUUGUAUGCAUGCAGAGUUAGUAUUAGAUGCACAUUCUAUUUCUUUAUUCCCAUCUGAUCCUACACGACAAAAACAACACGCAUUAGCUGCAUGGAGUUAUGGUCGAUCUGCACCACUUCCUGGUGAAGAACAUAAAGAUCCAUCGCAUGUAAUGUGUCCAAUUCCUCUUAAAGAACUAUCAGUGAAACGAGAGAAUCGAGUUUCAUUUAUGAGCUAUGAAGAAGAUCUUGUUAGGCGACACCGUGCACUCACAGAACAGACAUGUGAAUUUACCGAAACUAAUUUUCUAGAUCACAUGGCUGUAGAACAGUUAAAGAUAUUUUUUAAAAAAGAAAAAGUACCAAGAACUGAUCCCUUCUUUGUUGAAGAAAUUCAAGGAUACUAUAAGGCAACAGUAGUACUUCCACUUCCUGAUUUAUAUGGUAUUCGUGGAGGAGUAGGUAUCGCUAUGAACGCAUCUGAAGCCAUUAUAUUAGCUGCCAUGCAUGCCAUUGAUGUGAUGAAUAUACUUGGAUUUAAUAUUAUAAGCGAUAGUGUGGCUCGCAGUGAGUGGAUUACCACCCGAAAAGCCCGAGGUGAAUCUAUACCAGCAGAAACGCAGGAUCCUAAUCUUACUAGUCCCCCAGGAAGGCGAAGAAUUACUACAUCAUCUAAUUCCACAUCUUCUACAGUAGAUAGUGGUAUAAGGAGUAAUAUUCAGGACGACAAGAAGGAUGAAAACAAAUGUGAUGAUAAAACGCAAGAAGAGCCUAAAACAGUAGAGACUCCCAAAAGGCGUGUAGUAAAAAGGGCUAGAGUUGCAACUUCUGUAGAAGAAAAUAGUAGUAAUACUACUGCUUCAAAAGAGGCAGUUCCAGAUACAGAUUACCUUAAGAUACGAGAGACAAUCCCUAAAGAGUUGUGGGAACUUAAACCUGAUAGUCCUGAUGGUUAUAUUAUGGUAUCACCUACAGAUCCUGAGAUAUGUACUCAAUAUGAAUAUGCAUUAUAUUCUCCUCGUCAAAUUGAUUCAGGUGCAAAAACACGUAUUAGAGGAUAUCUUUCAUCCAUGGGUAGACGAGCAGAAGAAGUUUUCUAUGUUCAACGAAUUGAAGCCGAAGAUAAUGGAGGACAACAAAUUUGUCGUUGUGCUUUAAAUCUUCCUGUACCACGUCGAUUCGGAGAUCGAAUAGCCCUUGGUGAAGCUGUAGAUCCAAAAGAUGCCGAAAGUCUUGCAGCUAUGCAUGCUGAACUUAUUCUUGAUACUCUUGGUGUCCCACUUUAUGCAGAUGUUAUACUACAACGUCGACAUGUUGAUUUAUGCACAAAAAGUGGAAGAUAUGCACCCUUAAUGGGUGUAAAAGGAGGUAAUAAUAAUAAUAAUAAUAAUAAUAAUAAUAAUAAUAAUAAUAAUAAUAUUCCAUCUGAUACCCCUUCACCACCACCUCUUCGUCGUGAAGUAGUAGGUUCUAUUCAUUGGGAAAAUAAAAUGAAAAAGAAACGUAGUCCUAUUAUAGUUACUAAAAAAGAUACUACAAAUGCUACACAAAAUAUAAUUAAUAAUACUUGUGAAGAAUCAGAAUCUGUACCUAGUCCUGAAGAAAGACGUGAUUAUACCUUUGUUCAGGAGAAAGAAUUAGAUAUUGUUUGUCGUGCACGUGUACAGUAUUAUUUACGUCGAAAAGGUAUUAAUAAACUAGAAGCUGAAUUUCGUAUGGAGUUAAGAGGACUUGGAAAUGUAUUACAUGUAGCAGAGCUUACAGUUCCUGUUCCAGAGACAUUUGGAAAACGUGUAGCUCAUGGUUCUGCAUUAACUAAACGUGAUGCUGAAAUACUCUGUUGGAUGCAUGCGGAACGAAUAAUAGAUGCAUUAGGUUUGUGUAUGUUUGAUAAUCUUCCUAAACUUCAGAUGAGACAUGCACAACGUGUACAAAGUCUUGGACGUUGGGCACCGCUUGUAGGUGAAAAUGCCAUAAAACCACCAGAUACUUCUUCACCACUUCCUUUAACACUUGGAACUGCUCCAGAAAAACCACCAUUUCCAAUUUUACCAUCAAAUUUAUUACAACAUUGGACACAAUAUGUGGAAGAAUGUCAACGAUAUAUUGAAGUAAACACUAUGCGAGAGCAUAAUAUAUUUUAUGAAAUGGAAAAAAGUCCUCGAACUUGUGAUGAACUUUAUGAUGCUGCCUUGGAAGAAUCUGAGUCUGUCCCUAUUGAUGCGGAGGCAAAGAAUACCCUUCAACGGUAUUGUACAGUUGCCAAUGUCACGUAUCCUGCGUUUUGGCGAUCCCGCAUGGUUGGACCUGUUUCUCGCCGUGUGUGCCUCACCACGGUGGAGGUGCCCGGCCACGAGCACGUGAUGGCCUCUGGUGUGGCGCUCAACAAGGACGCCUCGCAGCGGCGGGCGGCGAUGCACGUCUUGUCGCUGCUGAAGCGCAUUGAGCCGGACUUUGCGGAGAUUGAAAAGAAACUGAAGGCGGAGGUGUCGGAGCGGCUCACGCUGCUGGACCCGCUGCAGCUCCUCAGCGACGAGGCGACGACGGCGGCGUCCCCCAAGCGGCCCGGACGCUCCCCGCGGCGCCCCGUCGGCAAUUGGGACCCCGUCGCGAAGGACUUCUCGCACGACGGCAAAGUCCGCAUCAUUGAACUCUUCACUGUCUGUUUUGGCCUCCCGCCGCCCGUCGUUGGGCACCGCAGCCGCCGCGAGGGGCCGUUCGUCCGGCACGCGACUACCGUCGAAGUCGUCGACGAGGACGGCCGCCGGUGGGUCGGCGAGGGCCGCGAGGCGGGGCCGCGAUUUAACGAACCAGCUGCCUACGAUCAUCUCUUUUCUCAACUCUCACGGGGUGUGGCAGGGUUUCAGGCACUCAUGGAUCUCAUUCGAACACACAGAUACUUGGAUCCGGAGCACAUCGCUAAUGUCGCUCUCACAGAUGCACAAAAAGAGCGUAUUCAACGUGUUGUACAAAGUCUACCAGAUGUGGAGGAAGAAGAGGAAGUGGCUCAACCACAGCGAUGGAAGGAGGCAGAAGGUGAAUUAUCUGGUUUAUUAGCUCGUGUAGCUUUAGAUACCUCUCAGAGGAUGCAAGAAUCACAGUUUCUUAUAGAUAAAUUACAGAAGAAAUUAACAAGUGAAGAGUAUCAAUUGAAGUAUGCUGCUCAGAGGCAACGGUUAAGUAUACAUGGUAAACGAGAAGAAAUUUUAAGUGCCAUUGAAAAUAGUCAAAUUGUUAUUAUUUGUGGUACAACAGGUUGUGGUAAAACGACACAAGUACCACAAUAUAUUUUGGAUAAUAUGACUGAAAAAGGUAAAGGAGGUGAUUGUUCUAUUGUUAUUACACAACCUAGAAGAUUAAGUGCAGUUUCUAUUUCUCAACGUGUAGCUACUGAACGAUUAGAAAGUAUAGGUGAAACAUGUGGUUAUUCUAUUCGUUUAGAUAGUAAACCAGGACGUAAUAUUAAUUUUUGUACUUCAGGUAUUUUACUUCGUUUACUACAUAGUACUCCUUCCUUAAAUGGAAUUAAUUAUCUUAUUAUUGAUGAAAUACAUGAACGUGAUAUUAAUUCAGAUUUUUUGCUUAUACUUUUACGUCAACUUUUACGUCGUCGAAAAGAUCUUCAUGUUAUUUUAAUGAGUGCAACAUUACAAGCUGAACAAUUUGGAAAAUAUUUUAAUAAUGCACCUAUUAUUAAUGUAGAAGGUUAUGUACAUCCUGUACAAGAAUUAUUUGUAGAGGAUUUAGUCCCUAUUGCUGCUGAACAAAAUGUUAUGCCACCUUUACUAAAAGAAGCUGCAUCUGUACUUGAAAAGGAAGAAGCAAAUGGUAUUUCAAGAAACAUUGAAAAUUUAAGUUUAACUCCUACUGCGAAAUAUGGUUUUCUAGAAGCUACUUCUGAAAUUGAUUAUAUUACUAUUCAAUUCGCCAUUGAUCAUGCUGUACGUUCACUUGAUUUAACAGAUUCUUCCGUUUUAGUAUUUCUUCCAGGAUGGGAUGAAAUUACAAAAGCGAAAGAAAUUCUUGAACGUAAUACAAAGUUUUAUAUUAUUUGUUUACAUUCUUCUGUAGGUGCAGAAGAACAAAUGCGAUGUUUUUUACCUGCCCCAGAAGGAAAAGUAAAGUUAAUUCUUUCUACAAAUAUUGCUGAAAGUGGUGUAACUAUUGAUGAUGUUGCUGCUGUUAUAGAUGUUGGUAGAGCAAAGGAAAAAUCAUACGUUAUGCGAAAAGGAACUACAUCUGUUGGUAGAAAUGAAAUGGGAUCUAUGUCUCAGUUAGUAACCGUAUAUGCUAGUCGUGCUAAUUGUGUACAACGACGUGGUCGUGCUGGGCGUACUCGUCCUGGUAUGUGUAUACGUCUUUAUUCGAGAAAACACUUUCAAACUGUACAUGAUUUUCAAACUCCUGAAAUGCUUCGUACACAUCUUGAUGCUCUCUGUUUACAUAUCCUCGCACUUGACUUGGGAGACCCGGCGGAAUUCCUGCAAGAAGCUAUUGAACCUCCCUCUGCAGAUAAUAUUGAAGCCGCAAUGAUGAGACUUCAGGAACUUGGAGCCACAACAUCAAGACGACAGUUAACUCCACUUGGAUUACGACUUUCACGACUUCCUGUUGCUCCCAAGGUAGGGAAAAUGAUUAUUAUGGGAGCUUUAUUAAAAUGUUUAGACUCUGCGUUAACGAUUGCUGCUGUAACUGAUACGGAUGUUUUUAUAAGUGCACGUGAACAUCGUGAUGCUGUUCGUCUACAUAAGGAAGAUCUAUCUUUCAAUACCCAAUCAGAUGUUAUUGCUUCUGUUAAUGCAUUUAAUUUUUGGGUAAUUGCACAUUAUGAAAAAACACCAGCAGAAGUUGUAUAUGAUCUUCAGGAACGAAUGCUUAGUGUUCCUCAACUUCUUACUGUAUCCAAGUAUAAAAAACAAUUUUUUGAUAUUCUUGCAGGAAGUGGAUUUUUAGGACCUGAUAUAAAUAUAAGGAGGACUAGGGAUGAUUCUCGAGCUGAUAUUUUUGUAGAAAACUCGGAGUGCUCUGAUGAUGCUCAAAAUGUUGGUUUAGUGAAAUGUGUAGUUGCAUCUGGUUUAUUCCCAAAUGUUGUAAUGAAUCGAGGGAAACGAAUGAUGAGAAAUAAACUUGCAGAUCGUUUAGCACCAUCUACAGCAUCUGUAGUACAUCGUACUUCUCAAGAUGAUAUUACACAACCUUUUUUUGUAUAUGAUGAAUUAGCCAAAUCUAAUGAAUCUGAACGUUUACAUGUACGUGGACUCACAAAUGUCCCAUUGUGGACUAUUCUUCUUAUGGGUACAAGUAGUAUGCCAGUUUCCUACCGUGAUGAUUUGAAUCUUGCUGUAGUAGAUGAGUGGAUUAUGUUCCGCGCUACAUUUGGGACACUUGAACUUAUUCGAAAGUUUAGACGAUCUCUUAACGUAUGUCUUAGUCGUAAAUUUACGGAUCCAAAUAACAAGGAAAAUAAUGAAAUACUGGAAGAGUUACGACUUAUCAUUAAGGAGCUUGUAAGUACACCGUUUAAACCAAACGAUCUAUCCGAUAAAGUAUGGGAAGAGAAGGGAAUUAUUCUUGAACCACGUAAACAAACAAAAAAGGAAACUUUACCAUUACAACAGGAUGAAUCGUCAGCAACCACAAUAAGAAAAGAAGAAGAAGAAGAAAAGGAAAAGGAAAUGAUGACCUCAAGUGAGUAA